GUGGGAUAAGUGGUCCGACGACAAGCCCUGCUGCUUCUGGGUACCAAUGUGAUCCCAACAGGUGUAAGCUACCCAGUUGUAAUUGCGCGAGCGCAAGUCCGCCUGGUGGGCUUGACCCCUCGGAGGUUCCGCAAUUCGUUGUCUUCACUGCAGAUGAUGCUAUCCAAUCUUACACACUAGAUGCCAUCAACCAGCUUCUUGCACAGCGGAUGAACCCGAACGGAUGUCCCAUCAAGAUGACAUACUUUACUUCGAUUUCCUAUACCAACUACACGCUCGUUACAGACUGGUACGUUGCGGGAAAUGAGAUUGCUGAUCACACGAUGACUCAUGUGGGGUCACCGCCUGCGAAUGAGAUCGAUGGAAAUCUGAUUGCCCUCAACACGCUUGCUGGAAUCCCCUUCAAUGCCAUCAAAGGUUUCCGCGCCCCGUAUCUUAAUUAUACCAAUACAACUUUCCAUCUCCUCGCGGAUGCUAACUUUACCUACGACUCCUCCGUAACAUCAUCUAUCCCAGUUACAGACCCGGAUACUGACGCCUACUGGCCGUACACGCUCGAUUAUGGUCUUGCAAAUGACUGCUUGACGACUCCGAACAUCUGCAAGGGGCAGCCCCAGAUACCAGGGUUUUGGGAAAUCCCGAUGUACGCGUUCUUCGACGACCUUGGGGAGGAUGGUCCGCACCUCAUGGAUCCAUGGUUGGACGCCGCCAAUGGUGAUUCGACAGUAAAUAAUACUGCUACCUUGGAGUACAUGAAGAACACAUUCACGGCCCAUUACAACGGUGAUAAGCAACCCAUCGGAUUGUACACCCACCCCAUUCAUAUUUCCCUUACUUACCCAGGAUCUGAUGCAUCGACUGCGACUAUCAAUAUGAUCAACGGGUUCCUGGAUUGGGUACAGGAGCAGCAAGAUGUCUGGAUUGUCUCAAACGAACAGCUUCUCGCCUGGGUUCAGAACCCUGUACCGAUAUCAGAACUUGAUAGUUUGGACGCGCUGAAAUGCAAGACUCCGGAUGUCGACUCGUCAGUGCAGAUCUGUAACGGCAUACCAACGAACGAAGCGGGGCUGUUGCAGGAAUGCUCAUUCCCAGAUUACCCCUUCUUCACUUGUUAUGGCUGUCCUCAAUCAGAGCCAUCCCCUUCGAACCCAGACCCUCCGCAACAGGUAGCAACUGGACAACAGGCAAGAUUUCGAUUGCCCGCAAACUGUUCCACACCAUUCUGGGACCCCAUUGCUGGAGAAUGUCUAUGCACUUCCACCGCGUGUCAGUACACAGAUCAGUCUCUUCCGAUUGGACCGAAUGGUGCAAAUCUAACAGGUGGUAAUCCCUCUGAGACUUAUCAGUCGAUGCCUACACUCGUUCUGUUUAAUGGUGUUCCUGGUGACUUUGCAGCCAGGGCCAGCAGCAUAUCGGGUCUGGUAAGUACGCUCAUACUUGGAAUUGUAGGGGCAGCAGCAGGCCGAGCAGUGUUGAAUUUAUGAAGACCAUAAUACGGGAAUCCUUGGGAAAGAGAUGCUGGAGUGGCAGUCUUAAACCAUUCAAUCCAAUACCUUGCAUAUCCUGGUGAUCGUUCCCUCAUGUCGCUACAUUCUACUUUCGCAUUGGGAAAUUCAGGAGUUUUCCUG